GUGUCGCACUUUUGACAAUAGUCUGAUGUUGGUAUCAGAAGUUGUUUAAGGAAUGGUGGGGUGUGUGGUACGUUGGGAAAGAUAUUAAAUAUAUAUAGCUGCAGUUUGUGUGUAGCAUAUUUACAAUAAUAAUUAAAAACAGUGGACGACAGUUGUCAUCGGCCGAUGCUGCGAUUGACGCGGUCGAUAUUAACACAAAUGAACUACCUGAAUUGUUGCAACUUCAUGCAUUCUGUGUUUCAGAUGCAGUAUGUGUUUUGGGGCCAUACAUAGCCAUCACCGACAAUUUGGCAUCUGACAGAGUGAUUGUGAUAUUAUUUACAUAUCUAAUGGCAGGGAAUACAUUCCAAGGACGACACUCUCGCCAACCAAGCAAAAACACGCUUCUGAAAGUAGUUAUACUUGGUGAUGGAGGAGUUGGAAAGUCGUGCCUUAUGAAUAGAUUUGUUAGCAAUCAUUUUGAUGAACAUUCUUUCCAUACAAUUGGAGUCGAAUUUCUUAAUAAGGAUAUAGAAAUAAAUGGAGAAAUGUACACAUUACAGAUAUGGGAUACUGCUGGUCAGGAGAGAUUUAAAAGCCUCCGUACCCCAUUUUAUCGUGGCUCUGACAUUUGUCUUUUGACCUAUGCAGUCGAUGAUCGAGCCAGCUUCCAAAACUUGGCAAUGUGGCGUAAUGAGUUUUUAUAUUAUGCUGACGUGAAAGAAGGUACAGCAUUUCCAUUUUUGGUCGUUGGGAACAAAGUGGAUAUGGGUAAUGAGCAACGUGAAGUUACCACAGAAGAAGCACGUGCUUGGUGUUUGGAAAACGGUAAUCUACCACAUGUAGAAACUAGUGCUAAAGAUGCAACAAAUGUACAAGAAGCAUUUUCAUUAGCUGUUGAGAGUUGGGCACAGCUAGAAGCCAAACUGGAUCGUCCGUAUAUUGGGGAAACAGUGGAUCUUAGAAGGCAACAACCAGAACAGAGGUCAUCUUGCUGUUUGUACGUUGCAGGAAACAAUGAGUAGCUGUAAAUGGCCUGCAGCUACAACAGUUCCCUACCUAGUCAGUACAUUGCACUUAGCAUUUAUUUAAAUGGUUAUAGCUUUGUUUUUCUGUUGAAUGUAUGUUACUUGUUCACCAAAGUGUUUAUUUGCAUCAGUAUUAAGCAUUGUUGACAGUGUUCAUAGAACAACAGUCAGUGUAUCAUGAUUUAUAUUAUUUAUGUUGUAUCUGUUCCGAAGUUUUGUUUGAAGGCAAUGAUAAGUUUGCUUGGUGAUUGAAAAUGACAAAUAUCAAAUGAAAAUAUUGUUUUAUAGUGCAAAUGUAAUUUGAAAACUAUUUUAGAAAAAAAUAUAUAAUAUGAUGCUAUCCUGGGCAAUUGAAAGGAACUGGUAAGGUGUGAUUUGUGAACAUAUAUUUGGAAAUGUAAAAUUUCUAAAUGUAGGGUCAUGCCCAUUUUACAUGUGCUAAUGGCAACAUGAAAAAAAAAUAAAAUAAAUCAAAUGGCA